CCUUUAUAUCUCUCCCUUCUUCUCUCUUCUACUCAUCCCUUUACUCUUUCUUUCUCCUCCUCCUCCUCCACCUUCAUCAGCUCAGCUCAGCUCAGGUCAGCUAUGGAUCUCUCCGCCGCCGUCCACCACCAGGAAAUUGAACAACAACAUUCAAAACCCUCACUAGACCAAACUAGAAAGCCAAGGCCACAACCAAAGCAAGCCUUGAAAUGCCCAAGAUGUGAUUCACCCAACACCAAAUUUUGCUACUACAACAACUACAGCCUCUCCCAACCCCGCUACUUUUGCAAAUCCUGCCGCCGCUACUGGACUCAAGGUGGCACCCUCCGCAACGUCCCCGUCGGCGGCGGCUGUCGUAAAAACAAAAGAUCCUUCUCCUCCGCUAACUCAUCAUCAUUAUCAUCAUCGUCAUCGAAAAAACCCCAAGAUCAUCCCUGUGCCGCCGCGGCUACCGUCUUACCUCAUCUCUCCUAUGACCACCAAGGGUUGGCAUUCGCUAGGCUUCACAAAAACUCAUGUGGGUCAGUUACUCCAACGUUCAACGACUUUGAUUUCCCUACUUUGGGAAUGCCAAACGGUGACGUUUUGAAUGGGUUUCCGUAUAAUUCUCAAGAGAUGUAUUACGACAAUAACAACAACAACAACAUAGGUGGAAUCGAAAGUGGGAUAGAUCAGAUGAGAUUACAACCGUACGAUCAAGAUCAUCAUGCUACGACGACCGCGGUGACUGUGACGACCAUGAAGCAAGAGGUAUACAACGCGGGUGACGAAAGUAAAAUCCUUUGGGGUUAUGCAAAUAAUAAUGGAAUUAUGGAUUCAAAUAUGAUGAUGGGUAUGGAUUUUGGGUUUAGUAAUGCUUCUUCAUGGCAUGGCCUUCUCAAUAGCCCACUAAUGUAAUACUCCCAAAUAUUAUAGAAUCAUAUCACCUUAGGAA